GCCUUCUGCCCUGGUUUGUGUGACAGCUCACUCUCAGCCCAGUUAAUCCCCCCAGACAGACCUUCAGUCCAUAUAAGUGAUGUGUGAAAUGCUAUUUGGAUUUACUAUUAUAAACCCUGACAUCCCUUGCAAUUGUCUGAUGCUUAGAACUAUCCUUGCUGCAUGGGUACCAAAACACUCAUUGUCACAUGAUGUCUGUUUCAGGCAUCAUAACCUCUCCGCCUCUUGUACCUAUUUAUAGAGGCAUUCAGGAGCCUCUGCAGUGAGUGAUGGACUACAGGUUUAAGAUUAGGAUUAAAGAUCAGAUAUUAUCCAUUGCUGUUCUGGCAUCAAGAGAUAGCAGUGUAACAGAGAGAAAAAUCUGCAGCUUUUCUACACGGAGAAACCCUGGAGAAUGAGGAAUAUGCAGAGAGAGAAGAGAGAAAAGGGGAGAGCUCUGGGAAUAGCAGUCAGAAGGAAUCAGUUCAUAAGGCAUAGACAUUAAAGUGAUACGAGCAUAGGCUCUGAAGCAGAACAAACACAGCAAUGACAGAUCUCCAGUGGCAUUGCAGUUCCUCGCUCUGCUCUCCGUCUCCUACCAGCCAUCCUUCCUGUUUCUGCUGCAAACAUUAAACUGCUGCUCCUGCGUCACUGGACAACAAUAGACAAACACCAGCAGCCAACGGUCAUGGCAUUUGCUGGGAAGAGAUUGAAAGGCUUAAUAGCUGCCACUUUUACCCCAAUGACAUCAAACAGUGACAUCAACCUGGCGGCUAUUGAGCAGUAUGUAGACUAUCUAGUUCAGAAACAGCAUAUAAGAAAUAUAUUUGUGAAUGGCACAACUGGAGAAGGAAUGUCCUUAAGUGUCCAUGAGAGGAAGAGUCUAGCUGAAGAGUGGGUAAAGCAAGCAAGAGGCAAAAUGAACAAUGUGAUUGUACACGUGGGAUGUCUCAGCUUGAGUGAUUCAAAAGAUCUAGCUGCCCAUGCUGCUUCAUGUGGAGCUGAUGCAAUCAGUACUGUGUGCCCUUCAUUUCUCAAACCUUCCAGUUUAGAUGCAUUAGUUCUGUACCUGAAGGAAGUUGCCUCUGCUGCCCCAAGUCUGCCAUUUUAUUACUAUCACAUUCCCAGGCUAACUGGAAUAACAUACCAGAUAUAUGAACUUCUUGGGAAGGUAAAAAAAAAUAUCCCAUCAUUUCGUGGAGUGAAAUUUAGUGAUGUCAACCUUAUGGAUUUUAGCCUCUGUGUCAGUGAAUAUAAGGAAUUUGACUGUCUUUAUGGUGUGGACGAGCAACUACUAGGAGCUCUGGCUUUUGGUGCACACGGUGCUGUUGGCAGCACGUAUAAUUAUCUUGGCAAAAAAAAUGGUGACAUGAUGGCAGCAUUUGAGGAAGGAAAUUUGCUGAAAGCACGCAAGAUUCAGUGCUCUCUUCAGGAAUUCCUUAUCUUUGUGUUUGACAUGGGGUGGGGCUUAGCUGAAUUUAAAGACAUCAUGUCACAGGUAUCUGGGAUCCCACUGGGACCUUCCCGCCUUCCACUCUAUUCUUCCAUGAAAUUUGAUCAUCAUGAUAAUAUCAAGACCAAAAUGUUAAAGCUGGAUCUCAUUUGAGAAAUGAAGUAGAACUUCUGUAUCAAGAGCUUAAGAAACAAAUCCAGUCUACAGAACAGAACAAAAUAGAUCUUAUUGUAGGUUUUUGUUUAUAUACAAUGCUUUAAGUAUCUGAAUCAGAGAUGCACCAAAUUCAGAUUUAUGCUCAAUCCCAAACUCUAAAAGUGGCAGAUGAGCUUUGAUGUUUCAGAUGUAAUAUAUACAAAUGGAAAACUGCAAAUCCAUAGAAUUCAGAACAUUUUCAGUAUUUGGAAAGCUCAAACUUAGAGAUUAAGGUUUCCCAUUGCAAUUGGAAUGCCUUACUUUUUAUGAACAGCUUUCGUUACAUGGAAUCACAACCAUAAUAAAAAAUCAAAUCAAAA